AUGUCCAAGCGCCCGGGCCCCAAGCUGCCCGGUGGGACCGGCAAAAGGAAGGCGCUGAGCAUCAAAGAGAAGCUGGACAUCAUCAGGCGCUUUGAAGGCAACGAGAGGACCUGCGACAUCUCCCGUGCCACCGGCCUCAAGGAGUCCACGCUGCGCACCAUCCGCGACAACGCCGUCAAGAUCAAGGAGACAUCGCGGACAGGCACGGGCACAAGCGCAGCCAAGUCCAUCCGCGCGCGGCCUAAGGAGAUCGAGGAGAUGGAGAGGCUGCUGAGCCUGUGGAUGGAGGGCAAGCGCUCUGGCACCACUUUCCUGACAGCCAAGGGCAAAGCGCUGUCCAUCUACGCCGACCUCAAGCGCAAGGCGCCCAACCCAGCCGAUGUGGCGCCCUUCCGGGCCAGCUGCGGCUGGUUUAGUGGCUUCAAGCACCGCUACAACUUCCAGAGCCUGCAACUACUGGGCGAGGCGGCCAGUGCGCAGCUCAAGGCAGCCAAGGAGCUGCCCGCCCUCAUCCAGAAGCUGGUCAAGGACGAGGGCUACACACUGGACCAGAUCUUCAACUUCGAUGAAACGGGCCUUUAUUACAAGCGCAUGCCUCGGAGGACCUACAUCGCUAAGGCUGAGAAGCACAGCCCAGGCCCCAAGGCAGCCAAGGACCGCCUGACCAUCAUGGUCGGAGCCAACGCCAGCGGAGACCUGAAGCUGAAGCCUGUUGUGGUUUAUCGCUCUGCCAACCCUCAGGCCUUGAGAGGCAUUGUGAAGGCCAGCCUAGGCGUCCACUAUAGGUAUAGCAAGAAAGGAUGGAUGACUGCCCAGAUCUGCAUCGACAUUUUUGCUGAAUUCUUCCCCGUUUUAGAGGACUAUUGCAAGAAAAAGAACUUAGCUUUUAAGAUUCUCAUAAUUAUUGACAAUGCACCGAGCCAUCCCUUGACCAUAGCUGAACUCAACCCAAAUGUCAAAUUCAUCUUUUUGCCUCCGGAAACCACUUCCCUUAUCCAGCCCCUAGGGCAAGGGGUGAUAGCCCUGUUUAAGGCUUACUAUCUGAGGCGAACAUUUAAGAUGUUACUUGCAGCGACUGGAGGAGAAAAUGCAGAAACUGUUAUCGAAUUUUGGAAGAGAUUUAACAUCAAGAUGGCCAUUGAUAUCAUUGUGGAAGCCUGGAAUGAUGUAACCAAAGAGUGCUUGCAUCGCGUGUGGAAGAAAAUGCUCCCGGACUUGAUCCAUGAUUUUAAAGGAUUUGAACCUUCUGAGCAAUUAAAAAAAAUCAAAGCAAGCUGUGUUGAUCUAGCGAAACAAGUUGGAUUUGAGGGGGUUAAGAAAAGGGAUGUAGAUGAGCUUCUAGAGUCCCCCCCUGACCGUCUAACUACAGAAGACAUGCAGCAACUUGCUGCCGAUGGGCCAGGAGAGGAUGAAGAGGAUGAAGAGGACGAUGGCCACAAGGCUGCACCUCGACAGCUGGAUACAUCGCAGUUAUCAGACGUUUUAAGUGUUAUAGAAAAACAGUUGCAGUGGCUCGAAGACAACGAUUAUAAUGCUGAACGCAGCAGAAUAGUGUCUCGAGGUGUCCGGACCAAUUUGGAACCAUACAGACGGCUACAGUACGAAAGGAGGCGGCUGGCAAAACAGCAGAAAUUAUACGUAUAUUUUAAGCCACUACAGAGGAGACAAGAAGCCAGUGAGCUACCCCCAUCCACAUCUGGUAUUCCAGCUGCCCACGGGAAAUCCGAAAACUCUCCUUCAACCACUUCAAAAUAA